CCUAAUUGUUGUGAUAAACUUAUUAAAUAGAUAAUAAACAUGGCCGCAGCUACAGCAGGACCCUACAACUACAGUUACAUCUUCAAGUACAUCAUCAUAGGUGAUAUGGGAGUUGGGAAGUCCUGUUUGCUGCACCAGUUUACAGAAAAGAAAUUCAUGUCCGACUGUCCACACACGAUUGGGGUGGAGUUUGGCACUAGAAUCAUAGAAGUGUCUGGCCAGAAGAUCAAACUGCAGAUUUGGGACACAGCGGGACAGGAGAGGUUCCGAGCAGUGACUCGCAGUUACUACAGGGGAGCAGCCGGUGCACUCAUGGUGUAUGACAUCACAAGGAGAAGCACUUACAACCACCUCAACAGCUGGCUAUCAGACGCCAGAAAUCUCACCAACCCAAACACUGUGAUAUUUUUGAUUGGGAACAAGAGUGAUUUGAAUGAGAGCAGAGACGUGACUUACGAGGAGGCGAAACAGUUUGCGGAUGAGAACGGACUCCUGUUUAUUGAGACCAGCGCCAAGACGGGUGAAUGUGUGGAAGAUGCUUUCAUUGAAACUGCAAAGAAAAUCUACCAGACCAUUUUGGAUGGAAGUUUGGACUUAAAUGCCGUGGACAGUGGAAUCCAGUCCAGAAACAACCGACCAGACCUCAGAAAACCCGCAGGGCAAGAGGAGGGCGCGAAGACAUCAGGUUGCAUAUGUAGAUAGACAACAGCAAAACAAACUAACACCAAUAUCAACAAUAUGACAACACAAUUCCCCCGAAUAGUACAAAUUCUACAUUAAUUCAUUUUUCAAAAUAAGUUACUUUUGACAAACGAUGCAACCCUUCCAAAGCCCUUGGUGGUUUAUCAAUAAAUAAGCCACUCCAUUUAUAUCCUAUAUGAAAUAUACUCUAAAUUUCAAAUUGAUAAAAAUAGAUUGUAGUGUUUUUAACCACAUGCGGCUUUAAUGACUUUUUGAUUGCUUUUUGUUCGUUAUUGUGACUCAGUUUUGAUGAAAUUACGUUACUAUAAGCAUACUCGUGAAGCUGUACUGCUGAUCGAUAGAUGUUACUUUCUGCUUAACGCCCAUCAGUGUCUAUUUACCUACAUGUGUAUAGUUUAUUUAUGACAAUUCUCAUAUGGACCAUAGAGAAUUCUGAAUUGUGUAUCUAACUAUUCUGAUGUUUCAUUUCACAUCGACACAAACUGACUUUUCUGGACUAAUUUGCUCAUUGAAUCAAACAAAUUUAGUUACCUUUUCUCUUAAAUGAAAUGAAUUAGCGGCUCUGAUGGUCGAAUAUGAAUUGGGUUUAAAACGAAAAAAGGGGAAAACCAGGAAAACAUUGUGGAGAUAUGAGGCGCUUGAAUUUAUUUUAAAACAAUAACAAUGAGUCCAAAUAAACUAAUUAGUCACAUUUUUGUCUGCUAAGAACCCAAGAAGAUAAAAUGCGAUUUCUAAUUUAACUUUGUGAAGUUUCUCAAUUUCAUUUUACAAAUGAAUGCAUUUAAAAUCAAAUUAUUUCCACAUGUUCGCUCGCCGUCAUUCCUGCAAUUUGCGCAGCCUGAGCUUUCUUAUUUUUUUAGCUUGUUAUUUGAAAAUAAAUAGAAAAACAACGGAAUUUUGUUUUCAGGAAGCUUAGCCGCAUGGUCUCAAAAUAUCUAUUUUGCCUGUUGUCUUGUUUUUGUUGCUAAGUUGAAGCCACUUAAUGUCACACAAAAUGUUUGAACGAGAAAGGUGCUUGAUGUACAAAGUUGGUCCAGGUUUUGAUCGUCUUUUGAUACAAGAUCUUAUAUUGAAAUUCAAAGUAUCAAAAAUGUGAACCCAAAGUUUGAUCCCCAUCAUUCAAAACAAUUAAUUAAUUUCAACGGUGUAAUUAUUAAAAUCCUUAUCAAUGAAAAGCGUCGAAAUGUUUCCUCAUGUAUAAUUUCUGUCUGCUUAAUUUAUAAAAAAUGUACCAUACGUGAAAAGAAACCGCCAAUUGAUAACUCGAGUAGAUUAUUAUUUCAAUUUCAUCUCUCAAUAUUGA